AAACAAAACCUAAUUUCCCAAUUUUUCAAAAUGAGACUGAGUUAGCUACUACGUGAGAGUGAGUUAGGUGGGAGAGAACCCUUCCACCGCCAUUUUCGCCAUCAUUUCUGCUGCCAUUUUCGCCGCCGGCACCGUCACCGUCACCAUGCCGUGUCAAUUGCGGUAGAGAGCUUCUCGAGCCACCUCUUCUAUCAACGCGUUUUCAGAUCUGUUCUUCUAUACGGUUAUUGCUGCCACAGUGGAGUUUCCACCGCCGUUGUUGCUGCCGCCGUUUCUGUCAUCACUGCCAUUGUUUUGCUACCGCCGUUGCCGUGGUAGAACGUUUCUGGAUCGAGUCACCUCCUCUGUUAACGCGUUUUCAGAUCUGUUCGGUCCCAAACUUCUUCUUCGACGCAACCUUCUCUCCCUCCAUAUUUCUCCUUCGAGCUUCCGCAGGAUUCUUCUCAACCUCAAGAACAGGAUCAUAGACUUGAUGAGGGGAGAGCCCAACAUCCAGAAGCAGUACUCAUACUCAUACUUGGAUUCAAUUUUUUAAUAAGUGAUACUUGCACCGUCCAAGAUACUACAUUUUUCAGUGAAUGCAUGUCACCGUCACUUUUAUUGUUUUCUGGCUCCUUUCUUUAAUAAAAGUCAUGCCAAGGAAAAAACGCAUAAAAAAUCCAUUGAAGUUUGUAGAUGAGAGGGAAAAUAACAAUGCUUCUCGUUCACUUCAACCUCCAGCACCAGCAGCAUUUGAAGAUACCACUAGUGUAGAGGCUAGUGAGGCUCCUUCUCAAGCUCCUUCUCAAGUCGUUGCAAAUUCCAUUUCAUCUGAUGGAGCCACACGUUGUUCUAACUCAAAGUCUUCAUCUGCUUGGAAUGUGGAGAUAAUUGACUCUACAAAUGUGAAGAAGAAGGCUAAGAUCAAAGUCAAGGAUGUUUGCAACUUACCUAGAGGAGAUCGUGUAAUUGUAGAGGUUGACGAAGAGGGUGCGGCAUAUGGCGAAGCACAAGGUUUACUUGCUGGCUAUUGUGGUAUAUUAGCAACUAAUGCACGUAUCUUUCCAAUUAGCUUUGAAAAGUGGUCAGGACAAGAAAAUGGUGGCAUGCCUAAGUCUUUCAAGGAUGAGUGCUUUGAUACAAUGAUAAAGCCCCACUUCCAUUUUACAAGCACAGAAAAGAUUGCCUACAGGUAUUGCAUUCAAAGUAUUGCAAAGAAGUGGGCAACAUAUAGGCAAAGAUUGUGGAAUGAGUUCUAUGAUCCAACCAUGAGAAGAGAAGCAUUGGUGAACAAUGUGCCUGAUGAUGUUCCAAGAGAUCAAUGGGCUUGCUUUGUCAAUUAUCGACUAAAACCGUCUACAGUUGAGCUUUGCAUGAAAAAUAAGGAAAAUCGAAGCAAGCAAACCAUUCCUCACACUUGUGGAUCUAAAUCCAACUCUCGGAGGCGACAUGAGAUGUACUUGGAAACAGGAAAGAAGCCUAGUAGAGGAAUGAUGUACAUCGAAACACAUAAGAGGAAGGAUGGAUCUUUUGUAAAUAACAAGGCAUUAACUAUAGUGGAACAAAUUGAGCUGAAUAUGACACCGUCAAAUACACAAUUUGAGGUGUCCCCUAAUGAUGCUGUUGGUAAAGUUUUGGGGCCUGAACCAGUGACGGAUCCAGAAAAUUUGAUUAGUGGGGGCAAAAUAUGUAUAACAUGAUAAUAAUUUUAUAAUUAUAUUUUAUUAUUAUAAAAUAUAAUUAAUCUUCUAGUUAUUUAACUAAUAAAUUAAAACACUUAUAUAGUAAUUUAAAUAAUAACAUAUAACUUAGAAUUUUAUCCUUUUAAAUUUGAUAUUUAAAAAAAAUUGAUAAUUCUUUUAUUAUCAAUACAAUUAAAUAUUUUAUUUUUUAUAUAUAUUAAUAAAUAAUUCUUUAAAAAUUAAUGUCUUAUAAGAUUACAAAAUUGACUCUUUAUAAUAUUCAUAAUUAAUUUUUUUUAAUUAAUAUCGUUACUAAAAAAACUAGAACUAACUUCAAAAGAAGAAAAUCAAUAGAUAUUCGUAUAUUUAGAUGUUACUUUUUAUUUUAACUGUUAUUUAUUGUUAGUUAAUAUUACUAUAUUUCAAAAUUUAAAUUAUUAAUGGAUCUUAUUAUUCAAAAAUAUUUAACCAUGUAAUAAAAAUAUAUAAUAAUAUAAUUACAAAAUAAAAUACAAAAUAAUUGAAUGAAUUAAAAAUAAAAAAAUAAAAAUAAAUCUUUAAUUGAAUCAAAAAAAAUUAAAUAAUGAAGUUAAGGAGUCUUACUAAGAGCCAUAGAAUAAAAAAAGAAUAAUAAAAGAAGAGAAUUAGAAAGUUAGAGAGCAUACAAAAAUUGUUUUUAGUACUUAAAUUUAAAUAACUGACUUAAUUUUUUAUUAUUUUUAUUAUUAUUAUUUAAUUAUUUUUAUAAUUAAUAUAGUAUUAUUAUAAAAUAGUGAGAUUUUUUUCUAUAUAUUAUGAAAACAGAAAUAGAUUAAAAAAAAUUAUAGUGGGGUCAAAUUUAUUUAUUAAGUGGGGGUAAAUAAAUUUUUAUUCCAUAUACUACAUGUAACUUAACAAAAUUUUAGUGGGGGCACUUGCCCCCACAUCCCCUAAGGUAGAUCCGUCUCUGGCCUGAACACUCUGGGAGAGUUCGUUGCAUGGGCAUGGGAGCAGCGCCUACAAAUACCUUUAGGAAUGUGAGAAGCCGGCUUAAUGGGAUGACCAUCUCCACUAAUUCAGCUGUAUCUUCUUCGCCUACUACUGCUGCAAUUUUACAGGAAAAGAUCAAUAAUUUGGAGUUUGACUUACAUAAUUCACAGCAAAAGGU